ACUGCCUUUCGUAAAAUAUGCAGUGAGCAAUGAUGGACUCGCAUCUUUUCUCCAGCUCCAGGAUGUAGUUGCAGUUGGAUUAGGAUAACUUAGCCCAUGACUACUGAACUUGUGUAUUCCCAUAGGCCUUCCACAGGACCCCCCCUGGUUCCAGUAUGCAAUGAGUUAAGCAGACAAGCAGACAAGAUGAUGGAGCAAACGUACACCAUCCUUGGUGUGAAGCUUGCCUUCCCAUGCAAGGCCUAUCCUACCCAGCUUUCUAUGAUGUCCAUGAUCAUCAAGGGGAUCAAUCGACGUCAGAACUGUCUUCUAGAGAGUCCUACUGGGAGCGGAAAGAGUCUUGCACUUCUCUGCUCUUCGCUUGCAUGGCAGGAAGGAGAAAGAGAGAAACAGCACAAAGCAGCUGCUGAAGACUACAAUAAGGCUGACUUCAUACCAAUCGAUGAUGAUUAUGAUGAUGAUGGCGGUAUAAAAAAACCAUGCACCUGCAGCUGCAACAAGCCUUCAACAUCGACCACAGCUCCUAGUACAUCUUCCCUUGGGCCUUCAACUUCCACUGCUGUUUCUAGUACUUCACCCCAAGAUGUUGCGAAACCUUGCAAAAUAUCUCCUGCCAAUAAAUCCGAAGAAAAAGAAAUAGAAGAAGAUGUCAUCCUAGUAGCUGAAGAGAAUGUAGAGAAAAACAAAGAUGAUAACAAGAAUGAUGAUGAUGAUGACUUUGACUUACCCAGAAAGAAACGUCCUCGAAAGUCAGUUGGUCCAAUGGGUACCGCCAAGAAAACAAAGCAUCAGAAAGGAGUAGUCUUUGAUGAAGACAUUGAAGACGUUUCACAACAAUCUCCUAAUCCUCAUACCAAGGCCCACUGGGAGAUGAAACUAGUCACCCCUCAAGCUAAAGCAGGAGCCAGUGAGCUGUCAGCUUCAAAGAGUGAUACGUCUUCAUGCACCUGCUCCUGCCAUUCUUCAAAAUGCCAGAAGAUGAUGGACCAGGAGGAGAAGAAUGUGAAGAGAGAUGGAGAUGCUAAACCAAUAAAGGUGCCCCGGAUCUACUUUGGUACAAGAACCCACAAGCAGAUUGCUCAGAUUAUACGAGAGCUAGGCAGGACUGCAUACAAGUCAGUCAGAAUGAGCAUCCUAGGAAGCAGAGAACAUACCUGCGUACAUCCUGAAGUCUCUAGGAGUAAGAACAAGAAUGAGGGAUGCAAGGAUCUACUGGAUGACAAAACGGGAGGAACAUGCAAGUUCUUUACCAACGUCCACAAGAUGAAGCAGCAAUGGCAGAUCCGCGACUAUGGACUCACAGAGGCUUGGGACAUAGAGGAUCUAGUCGCUCUGGGAAAGCGGGUCAAGGCUUGUCCAUACUUCUCAUCUAGAUCUCUGAAGGACCAGGCUGACGUGAUCUUCUGUCCAUACAACUACCUCAUCGAUCCUAUGAUUAGACAAUCGAUGGAGAUUGAUCUGAAGGAUCAGGUCGUGAUCCUGGACGAAGCCCAUAACAUUGAGGAUUCCGCCCGGGAAGCCGCUAGUCUCACAGUCACCUCAGAACAACUUCAAGAUGCUACCGAUGAGCUUGACAAACUCUUGACUUUCAAGUUUCGUGAAGAACACACCAGAGUAAUACACAGUGUGAGUUCCAGUCUUCUCCGAUGGAUCAACGACUACUCCAGCACGCUGCGGCAGAACGACUUUGAUCGAGCUUCAAGGAUGUGGUCUGGCCAGGAGAUGGUGGCUGCCCUGGCCAACAUGGGCAUCUCACCUGCAACUCUGCCUACUCUACAGCAUCAUCUGUCAGCCCUGAUGGAAGAUGAGGAUGAGAGAGGGAUCAAGGAGAUGGGACCGACCUUGGGCGUCCUUACAGGAGCUCUCUUCAACAGUCUCUUUGUCAUCUUUAAUUUCAUGUUCAAGGACGAUAUGAAGUUCACCAAAGAUUACAAGGUUGCAUUGCUGAAGACCAAAGCAAGAAAUCAGUUUCCUAACACAAACAAUACAUGGAUCCAAAGAAGAAGAAGAAGCGCGGAAGCCGUGUUUACAUUAUCAUUGAACUUUUGGUGCCUGAACCCAGCCGUUGCUUUCACAGACUUUGGUGAAGCAGUAAGGACGAUCAUCCUGACCUCAGGAACUCUAUCUCCAAUGAGUUCCUUUGCUUCAGAGCUAGGAGUCUCCUUUCCUAUCCAGCUGGAAGCAAACCAUGUCAUCAACAAAUCUCAGGUUUGGGUGUCCACUUUGGCAUUUGGUCCCAAUGGUCACUCGUUGAAUGCUAGCUACAGAAAUGCUGAGACAUUUGCAUUUCAAGAUGACCUCGGUCGAGUGGUGUUGGAAGUCUGUAGGGUGAUUCCGUAUGGAGUGCUAUGCUUCGUGUCAUCCUACAGUAUGAUGAACAAAGUCAUGGAGAGAUGGAAGACAACAGGACUCUAUGACCAGCUGCAAUCUUUGAAACAAGUGAUGUGUGAAGCCAGAGGAGGAGAUAAGUCUGUCUUUGAUGAGCAACUCAAAGAGUUCUAUGACACCAUCAAAGUAUGCGAGGAAAAUGGUUUGGAGAAUUAUCCAAUCACAGGAGUCCUUAUGUUUGCUGUCUGUCGAGGCAAGAUCAGUGAAGGCAUGGAUUUCGCGGACAACAAUGCUCGAGCCGUCAUCACAGUUGGCAUUCCAUACCCGAACGUGCGCGAUGCCCAGGUGGAGGCUAAGCGUCAUUACAAUGACCAACACUCUGCCUCUAGAGGGCUCCUAACCGGUAGUGAAUGGUACGAGGUCCAGGCUUACAGGGCUCUCAACCAAGCUUUAGGCAGGUGCAUCAGACACAAGAAAGACUGGGGAGCUAUUUUGUUGGUUGAUGAGCGUUUCAGUAGGAAUCCAAACAAAUACUGCUCAGGUAUUUCCAAGUGGGUACGAGGUAAGGUGAUCCAUAACACCCAUGCCAGAGAUGCUCUCACUUCUCUAUCAGAGUUUGCUAACGUCAGGAUGCAAGGCUCGCCCGAUGCAGACACAUCUGUAUUUGAUAGCACACAGCCCAACUCUCAGACGCUCAGUCCAACCACCCCAAGUGCUUCAUCACUCAACACCAGCAAACUUUCCCACACGCCAUUCCGCUUCAACCAUCAAGCGUCCAUGCCAGGUACACCAGAAUAUGCUUCAACAAGCAGGAUGGAUCAUGUUAAUCACAACCACCCGGAAAGUGGUAUGCUUCCUGGUCGUAGCAAAGUAGGACAGCUCUUCGUUCCCAUGUCCAAAGCUGCAUCGACACCCACAAGCCAUUUGACCAAGGACUCUACACCACUGCAACACCAUACAGGCCGACAAGGAGCAGAGGAUCAUGGUUCUCUGAGAGGCAACGCAGGUCAUCAGACGGUUGAGGAGCAGCAAGAACAGACUCGUGGGAGCAAGUCGAGAAGAGAUAGAAAACCUAGAGAUAGAAUCAAAGGGAAGAAAGCUCAGGAGAAACUUGGGGCUGGUCAGCAAACACUUCUGGCUUUUUCACCAUCUGUAGGGUCAAAGGCUACUGAGAGUACAUCCAGGCAACCACAACUCGGUGUGUCUCUCAUUAACAAGAUAGAGGGUCAACACCAGAUUGUAAUCAUGAAUAGUGACACUCUCCAGAUCGCCCAACCAGAGUCGGCAAAUUACAAUCCUGUAGAAUCAGUAGAGCCUUUACCGAGUGUCCCGAUCCAGAGAGAGGAGGUUAUUGACCUAACAUCACCAGUAAAGAAUCUACCAACUCUAGAGGAAGUACAGAGGACCCGCAUACCAACUCCAAACGCAAAACUCAACUUUGAAGAUGAAUCGGUACUAAAGGAGCCAAAGAAUCCACAAGAAAAGCCUUCUACUUCAUUCACGAACAAGCUCUCCCGAUUUGCCUUUAACAAAGAUGUAAAUGAUAAUGGUUGUGCGAAGGAAGAGAGUAACGACCUGAAAUGUUGCAAGGUUCAGAGAACCCUCGGAAAUGUAGCUGAUCGGGUAUCAUCCAUGAAAGGACACUUCGCAGAAGACGUACAGGGAGAGGGUGCUUUGAAAGGAGAUCAAAGAACUACAUGUGUACCUACUAGUGAUGACGAGGAAGAAAACGUUGAGGCAGACGAGAGGAGGAGAAGACGGGAAGAAGACAAUAGGACCCCUGUCCUCUUUGAUUCCGAGGUGGGAGAUUCUGGAAGUGAUACGGCUUUGAAACCUACCCCUUUCAUCCCCCAAGGCAUCAAGACAGAACCUGAAGACUCAAAGAGAAACAGUACUGAAGACAUCUCUAAAAAACUAAAUGAAAUUCUAAAUGGCAAUAAUAAGUAUCGUGCAGCUGAUAAGACUGAAGACACAACUGAAAUCAAGAUGGAAGAGAAAGAGAGAUCUUCAAGGAGAUUAUCCAUAAAGGGGCGAAGGAAUCUUAGUCGCAGAAAGGAGCACUGUGAACAGAAUGGAGCUGAGGAAGAAGCGCACGAAACUGCUGUUCAUGAGACUAGAUCCCACAUGUUAGUGCGCAGGUCUGCAAGAACAAGGAGAACGCCUAAGAAAGUUGUAGAAUCUGUAGAGCAAUCUAAGUUCUGCAAGGAGGAUGUAGAGUGUCCACAGUGCGGUACUUCAUUGGUUCACAGCUUAGAUGGGAUGACAUGUCUGCAGCCUGAGGAUGUCAAGAAUAAAUACCUGUUGGGUGUUAUGGCAACCAGGAAAAGGGGUCAGAGUUCAUCUUGUGGAUGUCCAGGGAAGAAAGUGGUGGGAUCUAUGAUUGUGACUGAUACAAGCAACCUUUCACACUGUAGCUGUAUCAGAACAGAGGAAAUAUCAGGAUUACAACUGAAUGCAUUUUGGAGUGCAGAGGAUGUCUGCUGUUAUCAGCCAAUCACAUGCUCUGUAUGUAAUGACAAGAGACAUCAAGACCCUAACGUCUCUAGUACACCACCUGUGAUUGGCUACUCAGUGAUGGCAGCAGGUCCACAGUCUAUGCAAGCAGUAGGGAAGUCGUACAUUUAUCCUGAGGAGGUCGCCUGUUGCACUGCACUACUCUCACAAAAGAACCACGGACCAAAGAAGAUAUAACUCUUAGGGAGGAGCUAGAAGUGUCGCUCGUCUUCCAGACAGGUAUCCGAUGUAUGCACACACAUUGACAUAGCCAACUGCAUUGAGUUUCCUCAUAGAUCUGGAAGACUGUUAUGAUAAUAUGAUUAGCUGAAUAUACACUGUAGCAGAAUGAAACCUAUGUAAAAUUAUGUAGAAACAUAUAGUUACAAAGACCACUCAAGGGAGACAAUAUAAGUGUACUUAUGGACAGGUGCUGUAGAGGUGUUGUGGUCUAGUGGAUAAGUCACCUGACUGCAGAUCACAAGGUGCGGGUUCAAGUCCUGCCGCGGCAC